AUGAAAAGUGAAGAAAACACAGAGAAAUCAAAUUCUGUGAAGUCCUCGUACUUUGGUUGUACACUGUUAGUAUUAACGCAUGUUUUAGUUGUAUGGGGACUAUAUACAACUUCAUUUUAUGAAAAUUCAUAAUUAUCAAUCCUAUAUUAUUUGAGAGCAUUUGCUUUUUGUUUUUGGGUAUUACUAUCGACCUUUUAGAUCAGAACAUCUUUUUCGGAUCCAGGGGAAAUUCGUUAGAAAAGCGUUCCAAUCAAAUUGCAAUUAGUUCAUGAGAUGUAUGGUCGAAAAUGUAAGAAAUGCAAUUCAUGGAAACCACCUAGAGCACAUCAUUGUAAAAGAUGUAAUAAGUGUAUUUUCAAAAUGGAUCAUCAUUGUGAUUGGGAAAAUAACUGCAUUGGAGCCCUUAAUUAAAAAUACUUUGUUCUAUUUCUCCUUUAUUAACUGUUGUACCUUUUAACAUUGUUAAGCAUUCAUACAAUUGGAAUUUAUGAUUAUUGCAUGAAAUCAAAGCGAAAGAUUUUACCUAUGUUGAUGACAAUAACAACCACUAAAUGUUAAAUUCUGGGUAUUCUUCUAUUUAGUUUCUUUUUUAUUUUUUUUGUAAGCCAAAUGCUCUGGGAUUAAAUUUCAGCAAUAAGUGAUAAUUAAACAACAGUAGAAUCAAGAUAGGGUAAAUUUGGUAGAUAACAAUCAUUUAUUCAUAAUUUUAAAUAAGUGUUUGGUGAUUAAGCAUGGUAUCAUUGGCUCUUACCAACUAAGCCAAAAUUAAAGAUAAAUUAUGCUGAACUUGUAUACGCCGAAGAACUCAUUAAUUAAGGAACUCAAUAUCUAGAAGAUGUCAUCUAUGAUGAAACCAAUCCAGCCAGCAUUCAUUUUGCAGAAUUUAUGUUGGAUAACUAAGCUAAAUAAAAAUGA